AUGACAACAAAACAUACUGGAAAUGUUCUGAAUACAAAAAAAUUCACUGUACCUAAAGGUCGUUUACACGUAGUAGACGACAAAAUUACUAAAUUUAUUGAACACAACAAUCACGUUCCAAAUGCAGCAAAAAUCGAAGCGAAAAAAGUUAUUUCAACUUUAAAGAAAAAUGCAUCACAAACAACUCUCAGCACACAUUCAGUUUUAGGAAACGCAGUUAUGCAGUUAAUUCAUAUUUUAGUUACAUAUAGAAAUGGAAAAAUUAGUUAA